CCUAAAGGGCGGGGCGGGGCGGGGCCGGGCCGGGCCGUCAUGGCGGCGGCGGGGAAGGCCGCGGCCUACGGGCCUGGCGAGAGCGCCGGCGGCAGCGGCUUCCUGGGCGCGCGGGUGCCGGCCGAGGUGGAGGCCAUGGCCCGCGCCGUGCGGGAGGUGGACAAGGAGACUUUCCGGCGGCUCCUCAAAGUCACUGUAAAUGCAUUGGAAGGAAAAGACUGCAAAGAAUCUGUCAAGCUGAUCGCAGAAAGCACUAACCUCUCAGAAGAACAGCUUGCUUUCCUCAUUUCUGGCAUGUACACCCUUCUCCAAGAAGCUCUGAGACUCCCCUUAUCAACUUUCAAGCAAGAAGUUUUUAAAGAAGACCUAAAGGAGCUCAGGAUACCAGAAGAUUUCAUCGUGGACUUUUCCAGUAUAGUCUUUGGUAACAGACGACCUGUUUUUGAAGGCACAGCUCUGACACGAAGUAGGCUGCCAAGUGUCCAGGACUUUAAGUGGAGAGUGGAUGUGGCGAUAUCCACAAGUUCAUUGGCCCGUGCACUUCAACCAUCCAUUUUAAUGCUACUGAAGCUUUCAGAUGGGACAGCUCAUCGUUUUGAAGUGCCUGUUGCAAAGUUUCAAGAACUGAGAUACAACGUUGCCCUUAUACUGAAAGAAAUGAAUGAUUUGGAAAAAAGAAGCAUACUGAAGAUCCAAGACUGAACACUUCGAAAAUGGGAGGUUACAGAUUUGAAACCCUCAGCAAGGGCAGAAGCCUCUGGCACUGAGCUGAUAGCAAACAGCAGGAGCAGUAACCUUGUAGACCACUGCAGCUAUAUACUCAUUAAUAGUGCAAGUCAGAUCCCAAGAUGAAGAGGUUGCAUACAGCCACUGGGAUGGAAGUAACAGGUAUGAGAAUGUCCAAGCUCUCAGGUCAAGAAAACAGUUAAGCAUGGGCUGAAGCUCCUUUGCCUGUGAGUAAAGCUCAGAAGCACUUGCUUAACUUGAAGCAUAUGUUCUAAGUCCUACUAAAACUCAGAGGGACCACAAGUAUAUCCCUAAGGGCUUUGCCAAGAAAGGAUGGAUUCCUAAUUCAGUGCCUGAAUGAGUUCCCUGCCCCCAUCCCCACCCCCCAGCAGCAGAGAUAUGGAGACUAAGCAACAGCACAAAGACAACGUGGCACAUAGGCCCUAGAACUUGUGCACAACUAGUGCAUGCAGCACUGUUGUUCUUAAGCAGUAGCUUAUUGUAGCUGCAUGCUGGGUUUCUGCCUCAGUGGUAGUACCACCUGUAUUUCUCUUUCAUUUUUUGAUUGCAGAACUCUCCUUUAUUCACCUCACUCCCCAUAAAAUACUACUGAAAUUACUGUGGAUUUGAGAGGCCUUUUACACUUUUACAGGUGUUUAUGUGGGAGGGGAUGACUUGGCUCUUGGAUUUUAAGAAUCACAACAGGCAUAAAAAGACUUUAGUGUGAUGUUGGACUUCAGUGUGAGUUUCUGUUGGAAUGAAUCAAGGUAUCUGAAGAAUUCAGAGUAACAUUACUGAGAAGGCAGUAUAGCAAGGGCAGUAUUGAGAACAUACUGUCUCUUUCUUGAAAAGAAAGACCUGAUCAGUCCAAACCUAGUAAGGACUAAAUGUCCCUACUAGCUUCACUAGGUGGAUGGGUAGGAAGCUUAUUGUCCUUUGAAUAGCCAUGAUUUAGAAGAAGAUAGCUGGCUUCAUAGUGUUUCUGUAUCUCCAGUAUGAUUUCAGUUGUCACUUUUGUGCCUUCUCGAUACUGCUGGAGACUUCUGAAAAGUUUAGGUAUUGGCUAGAAAACAGUGUUUGAUGGUAAAAUGAUACAUAUUGCUGCUUCUAAGCCAUAUUACAAUUUUACCAAGAAUGCUUAAAAUGCUAGGCCUUCUUUCCCCUGUUAAAAUACACGAAUUGGGUAGGAACCAAUAGUAGGGAGCAGUCUCUCUCAAGGAUCUCUGCAACCAAAGUAAUGAUACUUAUUUUUUAUUUUACUUGAAAAUCAUUAAGGACUCACUGCACAGCAUGCCUACAGGUUAAUAAAUAUGUUUCUAAACCUG